AUGACUGAGGUCACUGGCCAGUACCCUUCAUUCAAAAAGCACUCCUUGGACAUCUGUCCUGUGCUCCUGGCUGUGUCAGCGACUGUGUAUCCCUCUGGUGUUACUGGACUGGUCACUCACCUCAGGGACCUGGAGAAGAGAGAUAGCCUGUGUCCCCAGGGGAAAUAUGCCCACCCUGAGAACAAUUCCAUUUGCUGUACCUACUGCCACAAAGGGACCUACCUGCGCAACCACUGUCUAGGCCCGGGGCUGGACACAGACUGCAAAGAGUGUGAAAACGGCACAUACAGUGCGUCUAAGAACUACCUCUCACAAUGCCUCAGCUGCUCCAAGUGCCGGAAAGAAAUGUUCCAGGUGGAAAUUUCCCCUUGCACAGUGGACCGGGACACCGUGUGCGGCUGCAGGAAGAACCAGUACCGGAGUUACCUGAGUGACAGUCUGUUCCAGUGUGUGGACUGCAGCCGGUGCCUCAACGGCACGGUGCAACUUCCCUUGUCUUUCUGUUUUAGCUGUCAUAGCGCAGACUGUGAAAAGAAUUGUAAACUCUUCUUAACAGAACCAUCUUUGCACCCGAGGGAUUCAGGCACUGCGGUACUGUUGCCCCUGGUGAUCUUUCUGGGUGUUUGCCUUCUGUCCCUCCUCUUCAUUGGCAUAGGAUGCCGCUACCAACGGUGGAAGCCCAAGCUCUACUCCAUUGUUUGUGGGAAAUCGACACUUGUAAAAGAGGGGGAGCCUGAGCCUCUGACCCCAGCGCCAGGCUUCAUUCCCACUCCUGGCUUCAGUCCCAUCCCCACCUUCACCCCCAGCCCCAUCUUCAGCCCUGGCGACUGGUCCAACUUCAGGACUGGACCACCCCGCACGGAGAUGGCCCCUCCGCACCAAGGGGCUGCCCCUUGCUCUCUCUCACCUCCAGUCUCUACCCUCGACCCCAGUCCUGAUCCUCUUCUGAAGGGGGAGGACAGUGUCCACCUCCAGCGCCCAGACGACCCAGCCACCCUGUAUGCUGUGGUGGACGGAGUGCCCCCGUCACGCUGGAAGGAGUUUGUGCGGCGCCUGGGGCUGAACGAGCAUGAGAUCGAGCGGCUGGAGAUGCAGAACGGGCGCUGCCUGCGUGAGGCGCAAUACAGCAUGCUGGCGGCCUGGCGACGGCGCACGCCCCGCCGCGAGGCCACGCUGGACCUGCUGGGCGUUGUGCUCCGUGAAAUGGACUUGCUGGGCUGCCUGGAGGACAUUGAGGAGGCCCUGCGGGGCCCCACCUUCCUGCCGAGUGCGCCCCACCUGCCCCGGUGAGGCCACGCCCCGCCUCCUGGGGGGGGGCCUGCUACAAGGACAGUUGCUUUCUGCUUUGGGGCCACCUGGAAGGACUUAUAAGGUGCCCCUGGGGCCCCCAUCUUUGCGGAGAGGAAGGGUCUUGGCGGGGCAGGCAUGAGCUGGCAGCCACUUGGUGCUACUCUAUCAGUGUACAUAGCUUUUGCUAUGCGUGAGCGCCGCUGGAGGGGGCAGCACCAUGUGUAUGUGUGUGUGUGUGUGUGUGUGUGUGUGUGUGUGUGUGAGAGAGAGUGAGAGUGAGAAUGGGACAUGUGCCUGUAGGCUCUUGAGAGAGGCUGAAGUGCCAGGAUCCCAAGCCCACGUCAUGCCUCAUUGCCCAUAUGGGGUUUGGAGAGCCCAGCGGGGCUGCUUAGGGGCCCUCAAAGCCUUUUUCACAGUAGUUAAGCAAUCUUUGUAUCAAUUAUAUUACACUAAUAGAAACUCUGCAACCCUUUGCCCCUGGGGGACCAGCACAGUGUCA